GUUGUCGUAAUUCUGAAUCACAGCUGCUCUGCUUUUCCUACGCAAUAUGCGCAUUGUCUCCUCCUGUCAUCUUGGCACAACUCCCUGAGCAGAAUAGGGAGGCUGUAUUUUUAUUUUAUUUUAUUUAUCUCUUAUCACCGCAGACUCUCACAGAGGUGAUUUUAUCUGACCAUGGGCAACAGAGACGAUGAGUACGAUUUCUUGUUCAAAGUUGUACUAAUUGGAGAUUCCGGAGUAGGGAAGAGUAACCUGCUGUCCCGUUUCACAAGAAAUGAGUUCAACCUGGAGAGCAAGAGCACCAUCGGGGUGGAGUUUGCCACUCGCAGCAUCCAGGUGGACGGCAAAAUGAUAAAGGCUCAGAUUUGGGACACAGCUGGACAGGAACGCUACAGAGCAAUCACCUCAGCGUAUUACCGUGGAGCAGUCGGCGCUCUCCUGGUUUACGACAUUGCCAAACAUCUGACAUAUGAGAAUGUUGAACGCUGGCUGAAGGAGCUGAGGGACCACGCUGACAACAACAUUGUCAUCAUGCUGGUCGGAAACAAGAGCGACCUCAGACACCUCAGAGCCGUGCCCACUGAUGAGGCUCGGGCCUUCUCAGAAAAGAACACUCUGUCAUUCAUUGAGACAUCAGCGUUGGACUCUACAAACGUAGAAGAAGCCUUUAAGAGCAUUUUAACAGAAAUCUACCGCAUUGUGUCACAGAAGCAAAUAGCAGACAGGUCAGCACACGACGAGUCUCCGGGCAAUAACGUGGUGGACAUAAGUGUCCCACCGACCACUGAUGGGCAGAAGGGCAACAAACUCCAGUGCUGCCAGAGCCUGUGACGCUCCGUCAGUCCCAUGACACUCACCCUCUCAUCCACAUCACAUCACCUGUGCACUUUCUACUCCUUCAUCUCUCUUGUGUUUUCCUUUUGACCUUUACUUUACGUUUGAUAUAAUACUUUUAGAACUCCUCUCUUCUGCUAAUGAAAGAAAACAAAAAGCCUUUGUGUCACGUGAUCAGUCGAGCCGUUCGUGGAGUCGUGUGAAGUUUCCUGCAAAGCAGGAGCAAAGCACACAUUGCUGUCUUUAAGAAGCCUGUGAACUUUGAACUGUACUGAGCUGCUCUCAUUCACAGCGAGGUUGUGACAAACAUUUCAGUGGUUACCACUAGGUGGUGCUACGUAAAUGAACCACAGCCAGUUACUACAGCCUGGUAAAAACAGUAUUAUGCCUUCUGAUGCUGUGGUUCUUACUUUCUUUUGACUUCAGUUAAGUUGUCAUGCCAAAAAAACAUCCGUGUUAGGUAUUUAUUGAAGAGUAUUUGGUUCUGUUUGUCAUUGUUUUACUUUCAGUUUAAGAAGCGUUUACAAUAAAACUCUUGACAAAAACUCAA